AUGGCGUCAGGAGUACUUGAAGUCCAUGACGCAAAGCAACCGCCUCCACGAGACACGUUCUCUACCAUACCUAUGGCAACAAGCAGCACGAAAUCCACGAGCAAUGGUCGAAAGCGAAAGCCAUCAGAUCAGGACGAAGUUGCAGGUGAUGGUAAUGGCGAGCAGAUUGCGACCAAACGAGUGAGGAAACUGGUACCUUUCAACCCAGAUGGAGUCUUCGCUUCACUAGUCGGCGUCUACGACGUCUUCAAACGGGAGCCCAUCUCGGCGGCAUAUCUGGGCUUCAGCGACAUUGGCGACCUGCGCAGAUUCGUUGCAUCUCACGUCUUUCUGGAGCACUUCCUUCGAUACAAGACCGAGGACAACUGGUCCAACAGCCUGUUCGCUGAUAGUGCGUUCGAUGAGAUCAAAGAGUCCUUCCUCAAUCCAGCAGCAGAUGCGAGCAAGUACCCAGUGAAAAUGCAGGAUAGGCCCGGCGCAGCAUUCAAACUCCAUCCAAAAGGGCAGAUACCUGGGUGGACUGGCACGCAGUCUGGAAAGAAAGGGUCGCACAAGCGGGCUUUGCCGAGGACCACUUCGUUGGCAUACAUCCUGAUCUUGAUGGUGGAGGAUCUCGACGCGAAGGCCGACUUUUUGGUGAAUCCAGAAACACAGGAGAGUAUGGUCGCGAAGCUCAACAAGGCGCUGCCUCAUGUGGUGUCGACUCCACAUAUCACGGAGAUGCCCAUCAAGUACCCAAAGCUUAAGACUGCUUUCGUGGAGUCAGAGCUGGAACCGUACAGCCGAGCGAUGGUCUUGCUUCGGUACGCUCAAUAUGCGUACAACAAGACCAAUUGGAAGCGCAUGAGCAAGAUGGAGCUUAGGUUCUGUCAAAGCGUCACCGUCGCUGACAUACCGCACUGGAUGCAGCCCCAUCCAGUGACGACGGCGCGUGCUGACCAUGUGGACAACGGAAUGCGACAAGGCGAGGCCAGGCCAGUCACACAGAGUUUACCAUCAGGGCAGCCGAUUCGCCACAGACAAGUCAUCGAUCUCACUACCACGCCUGAACCUCACGAAAUGGGCAUCCCUCUGAAACGAGAAUCACCAGAUCUUGAGGAGAGACCCGAGCCCAAUCUACGGGUGGUAGAUGAUAGGACUACGUGCGACCUCAAUUCAGCGGAACGAGGCGUCUCUGGGAACGGGAAAGGCAAGGGUGUGGAAGACGACGCGGUGCUUCAGUCUCAGCUGGAAGAGGCAAAGCUGAGGCUCGAGAUUGUACUACUAGAGCGAAAGAUGGCGGCCAGGAAAAAGGAGAAUUAA